UGUAUAUCUUUUCCUUAUUUUUUUCAUUUCUGACACAUAAAAUAAUAAUUCUUUUCAAUAAAGAUUAUGCUUUUUGGUGAAGUGGGUUCUUCUGCCAUAGUAAGCAAUCUAAAAGAAAAAAUAUAAAGAUUUGGUGUUUUGAUUCUUCCAAUCUAUUUUUCUCUUUCUCUCUCAAGUCUCUAUCCAUCAGAAACCAAAUUAUCUGGAAACUGAGUCUUGUUUUCUGCUCAUUCCUUUCUCUCUGUUUCAACAAUGAGGAGCAGUACUAUAGUUAUGAUGAUGAGAAGAUCCUUGGUUUAUCUCUUGGGAUUUUUAUACCUUCUCACAUCUGUAAACGGUUUGCUUUCUUCUAAUGGAGUUAACUUUGAAGUGCAAGCUUUGAUGGACAUAAAAGCUUCAUUACAUGACCCUCAUGGUGUUCUUGAUAGCUGGGAUAGAGAUGCUGUCGAUCCUUGUAGUUGGACAAUGGUCACUUGUUCUUCAGAAAACUUUGUCAUUGGCUUGGGCACACCUAGUCAGAACUUAUCUGGUACACUAUCUCCAAGCAUUACCAACUUAACAAAUCUUCGGAUAGUGCUGUUACAGAACAACAACAUAACAGGAAAAAUACCUUCUGAGUUUGGUCGGCUUACAAGGCUUGAGACUCUUGAUCUCUCUGAUAACUUCUUCCUCGGUGAAGUUCCUUUUUCACUAGGCUAUCUUCGAAGCUUGCAAUACAUGAGACUUAACAACAACUCUCUCUCCGGAGUUAUUCCUCUGUCACUAUCCAAUAUGACUCAGCUCGCCUUACUUGAUUUAUCAUACAACAAUCUUAGUGCUCCAGUCCCAAGAUUUGCUGCAAAGACCUUUAGCAUCGUUGGGAACCCACUGAUAUGUCCUACGGGUAAGGAACCAGACUGCAAUGGAACUACAUUGAUACCAAUGUCCAUGAACUUGAAUGAUACUGGAGCUCCUUUAUACACCGGUAGAUCUAAGAACCACAAAAUGGCAAUAGCCGUAGGAGCUAGCGUUGGGACUGUAUCAAUGAUCUUCAUAGCUGUUGGGCUGUUUCUCUGGUGGAGACAAAGAAACAACCAGAACACAUUCUUUGAUGUUAAAGAUGGGCAUUAUCAUGAGGAAGUUUCACUUGGAAACCUGAGGAGGUUCGGCUUCAGGGAGCUUCAGAUUGCGACGAAUAACUUUAGCAGUAAGAACUUAUUGGGGAAAGGUGGCUAUGGGAAUGUAUACAAAGGUAUACUUGGAGACAACACCGUGGUUGCGGUGAAAAGGCUUAAAGAUGGAAAUGCAUUAGGAGGAGAGAUUCAGUUUCAGACAGAAGUCGAAAUGAUCAGUUUAGCUGUUCACAGAAACCUCUUAAGACUCUAUGGCUUCUGCAUCACGCAAGCUGAGAAGCUUCUUGUUUAUCCUUACAUGUCUAAUGGAAGUGUUGCAUCUAGAAUGAAAGCCAAACCAGUUCUUGAUUGGAGCAUUAGGAAGAAGAUAGCUAUAGGAGCUGCAAGAGGGCUUGUGUAUCUCCAUGAGCAAUGUGAUCCCAAGAUUAUCCACCGUGAUGUCAAAGCAGCUAAUAUACUUCUUGAUGACUACUGUGAAGCUGUGGUCGGUGACUUUGGUUUGGCUAAGCUCUUGGAUCACCAAGAUUCUCAUGUCACAACUGCCGUGAGAGGCACGGUUGGUCACAUAGCUCCUGAGUAUCUCUCAACUGGUCAGUCCUCUGAGAAAACCGAUGUUUUCGGGUUUGGGAUUCUUCUCCUUGAGCUUGUAACAGGCCAAAGAGCUCUUGAGUUUGGUAAAGCGGCUAACCAGAAAGGCGCAAUGCUUGAGUGGGUGAAAAAGAUACAUCAAGAGAAGAAUCUUGAGGUGCUUGUGGAUAAACAGUUGCUGAAGAAUAAGAGCUAUGAUGAGAUUGAGUUGGAAGAAAUGGUGAGAGUGGCUUUGUUGUGCACACAGUAUCUGCCUGGACAUAGACCGAAAAUGUCUGAAGUUGUUAGAAUGCUGGAAGGUGAUGGACUUGCUGAGAGAUGGGAAGCUUCUCAGAGAUCAGAUAGUGGUUCAAAAUAUAGCAACAGGGUAAAUGAGUUGAUGUCAUCUUCAGAUAGAUACUCUGAUCUUACUGAUGACUCUACUUUACUUGCGCAAGCAAUGGAGCUCUCUGGUCCUAGAUGAAAUCUUAAGAAGAAGAAGAAGAACAUGUUUUUGUUUCUUGAAUCUUGAAGGACUCUUGUUCCUUUUUGUUGUUGUAUAAUAUAGAGUUUUUUUUGGGGGAAUGGUUUGUAUCUGUAAUUGUAUAGGCGUGUUAUGUAAGAAAUUUUAUUUACCGUACUUAAGAGUUAGAUUCGAUUUACCUUA